CGCAUGCGCACAGUGAGUCGUCAGCUGGUGAAGUAGUUCAUGAUGGCGCAUUACAGAGCAUCAGAGUCGAAGCGUGAGCAGUUCAGGAGAUAUCUGGAGAAAGCUGGAGUUCUGGACAGUCUCACCAAUGUGUUGGUGGCUUUGUACGAGGAAAGGGAGAAACCCAACAAUGCUCUUGACUUUAUAAAGCAUCAUCUGGGUAUCGCUGGACUGGAGUCCGAUGAUGUUGACAAUCUGCGUCUGGAGCUCAAUGAUUUACAACACAAAUAUGAACAGCUCAUGGAGGAAAACAAAGAUCUUAAAAACAGGCUUCUGCAGUACGAGUCUGCGCAGGAAGACCCGAACCCGGAAUAAAUAUAUUUGAUUAGUUAUAAAUGAGAUUUCUUGACAUAAGUAAAGAUACUUUUGGUUCGAUUCUGUUUUGUAUUGAAAUGUCUAAGAAGUGAAGAUUUAAGUUAAGUGAAAUGUGCCUGAUAUUUAAUAAACUCUUUAUUUUGCAC